AUGUCAUCUGCCGAUAAAAGAACCGACAUGCAGGAAGACGCUGGCGUCCCCUCCAACGUCGGCCGCAUCCAAGUUUCUGCUAGCCGUCUGCGUCGCUUUUAUGUGUUCGCUGCCCGCCGGCUCUUGGCUGCCAACCCUCAGAUGACCAAGGUUCACAUCACUGCCUUGGGUUCUGCCGUGACUCACGCCAUCGGCAUUGCCCACGAGCUGCAGGACAUGAAGGUCAGCACCAUUUCAGAUGUGCAGACCUUCUAUCAGCCGUUGAAGCCUUCCGAGAUCGACUCUCCGUCGAGCAACCCAGAGCACGCGUCUAACAACGGCCGCAGCAUUGCCCGUAUACUCAUAGUCGUCGAUAGAAACCCGGCAUGGACCGCGGAAGAGACGGACAUCCGACCCAACCGCAGAAACUCCAAGUCCAACUAG